GGACGACAGAAGGCAGAAGUAGACUCACUCGGUCGAGGGUAUCCGGGUUGAAAAAAUUAGAUUGAUUCCUCUCCUACUGUAUAGUAAAACCGCCUAACUACGUAUGUACCUCUCCUGAGAAGAGUGAAUCCAUUCCAUGGUGGUGAAAUGGAGCCUACAGAGUAGGUGGUCAUUCAUUCACUGUGAUCAUACGGCUUCAGCUCUGUCACUAUAUCACGGUAGUUACCAAGGCCCGUCCGGAAAGUCUUUCCUCUCAUGAGUAAACUCGGCGUCAUACUUACUUCUUCCUUUCCCACUCUCCGAACCUUCGCGCCUUCCAUCGCUGAAAUACCAAUACCACCUGUUAUUGCUAUCGGUUUAGACCUCCAAACCAGCGAUUCCAAUCCUAGUCCCUGCCUCCUAGAUCUUGAAAUGUCUACGAUCACGGCCCUGUCCUCCCCGCCUCGGGCUUCAAGAGGUUCGGAGAGGGAGGAAAGUUAUGCAUCCCCCAAGUGCCUCCACCUCGUCGGAUCCGGACCGUCGUCCUCAGAUGGUAGGAAGCGUCGCAAUCAUGGCUCUUCAAGUGACGAGGAGCAUGUUGUCAAGUGGGACGGCUUCUCCGACGAAGAUCUCCGGGUUGGAGGGCCUUAUCUAUGCGCCAUCCCAGUCAAAACUAUCGCAGUCCCAACAGACCAUCCCUUUUACAGCCGUGUCGUUGAGAACGUUGCCCCACUCAACCAAGGAGUAAGAGAUAUCUUGGCAACGGCCGAUAUCAGAUUCCAUGACAUGGGCUUUUGCGGCCGAACGUCGGUUUAUGACCCAGAACCUACACCGGCUCUCACUCUCUACAUCGACGCCAACAGGUCUUCCAUUGACGACAAGUGGAUUACAACUGCAAGAAUAAUCCACUCCUUUCUCGUCAGCAAUGGGGUCUUUGGUGUGUCUGUUGAGCUCGCGGACCCAAGAGCUUUUGAUCCCAUAAUCCUCCAUCCAGUCAGAAACACCUUGCCCAUCUUUUCUUGGGAGAGGGUAGCAUGGGCUAUUAUACAGCAAUCUAUUAUUCACCAAUGGACCACACUGGGUUGCUACGAGAUCACCGCUCCCGGAGAGGAGAAGCAGGUAACAGUCCUAGUUACGGUCGACCCGUCGGUGAACAAGGAUUGGCGCGGCGUCAGAGAACACCUUGUUUGGAUCCUCGACAGCUUUGAGCUGUCCAGUGUGGCAGUUCGGAUUGUCAAAGAUAGGGUCCUGCGCGGAGGUGGAUUUAGUGGCCCAAGACUUCCAUUAACAGCCCUCACAGCUCCUGCCCAAGUCGGGCAGAGCAUCGGUGUUCAGGGAACUGAGUACGCAAUUGGGACUUUUGGCGGCUGGGUUGAGAUGAAGGAUGGCAAUGGGAGAUGGGAACAGUUUGGAUUAACUUGUGCAAAGUGCGUGCUACCCCCCGGUGACCUUCUUUCAGCCGAGCAGCAAUUAGGUAAAGGCAGCAACUUCCCUGAAAGUACUAAUGGUUCCUUGCUAAUGAACGUAGCUGUUGCACGGUGGCGGAUCAAGGGAAUUACUCCCGGUGAUAAGGUGGCCGAAUCCCUGCUUAAAGUCCAGCAGCCGAGUGUCCUUGAUUUAAACCGAGCCAUUCGGAAAUGGGAUGCCCAGGUGGAGGCACUGACCACCAGAUAUCUUUACCAGAAGGUCAAGAAUUAUCUUAAAAAUGACGAGUUUGUGAGCCCUCGUGACGUGAGAAACUUUCAGAUCGAUCAACAGGCUCUCGAUUAUGCUGAACAAGCGAAGGAUAGGAUUCAGUCGUUCCGUACCCUACAAUCUAACAACCUCGGACAUGUUUUUGCGUGCUCGGGACUCAACUCGAUCGUUCCUACCACUAUGGCCCCGGGGGCCAUCAGCCUCUCUAACAUGGAUUGGGCUCUCAUAAAACCUCUGCCCAUGCGGAGGGGACUGAAUGAAGUUGCAACAUUCGAGCGUCCGGCUGUUGGAGACUUACCAUUCCCUUUUCAGGUCGGUAGUAUACUGGCUGAUGGUUCUGGCGUGAAGAUGAGCGGUGGCGACCGUGUGUUCAAGUGUGGCCGGGCCACCGGCUACACCGCGGGCUACUACAGCGAGCUCGCAGAGUUUCACAUUCUCACGGAGAUGGCCAAUGGGGUAGAGAGGCCGAUAGUCACCAGAGAAUACGCGAUCACUAACAGCAGUGCCUUUUCGGAGCCCGGAGAUUCCGGUGCAUUGAUCUUCAACCGAGACCUACAGGUUGUCGGGAUGAUUUUUGCCAUUUCCGAAAGAAAUAUGCGGACUUAUUUCACUCAUAUUGAUGACCUGUUUCGCGACAUAAAGCGUGUUACGGGAGCGCAAGUUGUGAAAAUCAUGGACUAG